GGCUGAUAAAUAUGUUUACAUUUAUUAGUAUUCACUAAAAUAAAGUAUAAUGAUACUAUAUAGUCUAUAGUAUAUUUUAUGCUUCAAGCACUUUUUAUAGCAGAAGCAUUUUUCGUUUUAAACAAUUCCAUUUUUUAGGUUAGGUCUUUUUGUCAGUAAAUUUUCACUGACAUGUUGUGAACUCUUUGAACCCUUUGUACCCUUUGUAUCAUACUUGUUUUUCAAGCUCAACAUACAAAAGAAUUUCUCCAAGGCAAACCAUAAUGCUGUUUAAACAGUGCUAUAUGUUGCUUUUAAAAAAAUUUUGCCACAGUCCAAUUGAGUAGGUUGCUAAGGUUUAUAGGACAAAGUGUUCAAGCAAUGCAUGUAAGAUUGAUAAGCAAGUUGCUUGAUUUUUGGCUCAAUUUGGGGAUACUUAGCAACUUUUUGCUUAAUAGAAAAAUGUAAAGAUGAUUUGCUUGGUGCACUGUUUGAAACAUUUACAAGAAUUAAGAGAUUUUUAUGGCUUUUCUACUAAUGCUUUAUUUUAUUCUAGAUAUGUAAACAAUUUUAUCUAUAACGAUAGACACAGUAGCACAUCAACAAUGGGAGUACAGUCCACAUUGAUUGACCUCAGCUCUCUCCAUGCUUACGUCCAUUCAACAGUGUCUGCGAUAGAAUACAUCCACUUUGCUUUUCUGGUUGGUUGUGUUUAUCUUUUGUACUACAUAACACAUGUUGUACACAAGCCAGAACUAUAUUGUACUGACAAAGAGGGGUUUAAAAGUAGAAUUAAGGAAUGUAUUACAGAACUGAGCAUCGAUCAAUGGCCUUUAAUCUGGUGUUAUAGUGCAUUACCACAGACUAUCCUGCAUUCAGUGCUUGGACACACUCACAAUUUAAAUUUCAAAAGGGAGUAUAUUGAAACAAAUGAUGGUGGAAGUUUUACGCUAGACUGGUAUGGUUUUGAGAAGAAUAACAACACUGAUGAAAAAACGCCAAUAAUUGUUGUUAUACCUGGCGCCACUGGUCAUAGCCAAAAAAAUUACAUCCAACAGUGUCUAAAACAGCAUAAAGAUCUUAACUACAGAUCUGUUGUGUUUAACAAUAGAGGACUCGGUAACAACGUUAAACUCACAAGUCCUUUGUUCAGUUGUGUGACAAAAGGUGAUGAUACAGAACAAACACUUCACACUGUGGCAAACCGUUAUCCUUCCACACCCAUCAUGGUGGUUGCAUUUUCUAUUGGAGCUUGCAUAUUUAUAAACUAUCUUGCUCGCAAAGGAAAAGACAUCCCCAACAACCUCAUUGCUGCCUAUAUCCUGUCAGUGCCAUGGAAUUCGUUUGAAUCCAAACAGAAUUUGUCGGAAUUUUGGAACAAACUUACAAUUAAUAACCACAUGACGGGUGAGCUCAUGGCGCUUGUUAAAGGAAAUUAUGAGAUGUUUGCAGAAACACAACACGAACUUCCAAUCAAUUUGGAUAGUGUUCUAAAGUGUGAUACAAUAUGGGAUUUCGACGAUCGCUACACAUGCCCCAUGUUUGGCUACAAAGAUCACAUGGUGUUUUAUGCUGACGCAUCGUUGGACUCUCUUCCACUUGAAAAUAUUUGUAUUCCGGUUUUGAAUCUAAAUGCAGAUGAUGAUCCCUUAUGCCGAAAACGGGCUAUUCCCUUCAAAAAGAUUUUACAGAAUCCCCGUAUAGCUGUAAUCACGACAAAAUAUGGUGGCCAUAUGGCGUGGUUGGAGGGCUUCUUUAUGACGCCCAAACGUUUACACCAUCGUGUGUUUCAGCAGUACGCAAGUAUGAUAUUCAGUGAGAAGAAUACCGACAGAUCAGAAAUCAGGACGAGGCCAUAUAACUUAACGAUUGGAUGAGCGCAUUUGUUGGAAAUGUAAAGCGUAGUAAAUUGAACUCUUUCGAGUCAAAAACCCUUAUAGUGCUAUAUUUUUGUUUAAAUGGCUUAAUAUGUAUUUUUUACAGGAAAGGGAGUUUUGUUAUAUUUUAGUAUUUUUGUAUUUUUUAUAUUUUGUUUUAAUAUGACAGUCUUCAGUAAGAAUACUUUUAAAAUCGCACAAAAUCAUGUUUUUAUAUUUCAUGCUGAGAAAUAUAAGGUUUUUCUUUGUUCUGUGUGUUGUCGUAGGUUUUUCUUUGUGUAAAUAGUUUUUUGUUUUACGUGUUUUUUAGUUCCGCGCCCCGUCUCAUGUUUUUUCUUUGUGUUCUAUUUUAUUUUGGGUGUUUCAACGUUUUGUGAACGUUUUUAAAUAGUAUUUUGCAUACCUCGCUUGUAUACAAUUGAGAAUUUUCGCGUAUGUUCCACUUAUUUAUAUUUUUUAACAGAAUUUUUGCAAGAUUUGAGAUUUUUAUUUACGUAUUUAUAGUUUUUUAGGGAACGUAUAUAUAACGAUCUACGUACACACUCACUAAACUAUUUUUCUAUCAUUAUAUGUAUUUAUUUGUAGUGUGUGCUUACAUAUUUAUUCAAAAAAUUUUGACGCACUUUUUUAUAGGGGUUGCCACAUUUCUCAAAUUUCAAAGAUUUACUUCAGAAUGUCUGCUCAAAUAUGGUUUGGCACUCGUUUUUUUGUUUUCAAAAUGCAUAGAGACGCUACGUGGCUAUAGUAAUAAUUAGUUCUUCACUCGUGGCAUUACCUUUUAAAUCUCCACAAAUAUUCUCAGUUUAUUUAGAAAAAUAUGAAAAUCUCCUCAAACCUCAAAUUUACCUCUAUAAAAAGACCCAGCUGUUAUGGAGUCAGCAGAAAAAACAUUUGUUUGUUAAAAUUAUUUAUUAUAUUUAUACAUUGCUUUGCAUACUUUUAUAGUGUAUUCCUGUGGAUUCGUUUCUAAUCUCUUUUUAGUGAGCUCUGAUAAAUUUUGUUCUGUUAAAGGUCAUCGGUUAUUAUUUCUUUGUUGUUGUUUUUUUCGUAUUUUAUUGUAUUUAUGAGCUAGUAUCAACAUUUUUUUUUAAAAAACAAAGGAUUAAAAUAUGGAUAGUACCAA